AUGUGUGAUUAUCAAAGUGGAUUUAUUUAUCAUUAUCAAAAUAUUACUGACAUUCCUACAAAAAUUGAUAUAAUUAUUAUUAUAUUUUCAUGUUAUAUAAUACUGAUAAAUCAAUUUAUAUUAUUUUUAUUAUUUCAAGCUUAUUUAUUAUCAUCAUCACAAUUUGUAAAUAUUUUAAUUAUGAUUCAAAUAAUAUUUGAUACAUUUGUUUGUAUUUCACAAAUUGGUAAUAAAUUUUGUCCAUUUUUUUUAAUUACAUCAGAAAUGUGGAUCAAUAUAUUAGGUUGUCAUAUAUGGACAAGUGAAUUUUUAAAUAGUUUAUUUAAUACAUUUACUAGACAAACAAUUAUUACAAUGAUUAUUGAACAUUAUUUAUCGAUUUAUAUACCAAAUUUAAAUUUAUUAAAUUAUCCUAAAUUAUUAGGUGGUAUUUAUUGUUUAUUAGUAGUAUAUAAUAUAAUUUCUAAUUUAUAUUUAAUUCUUUUAGUUAAAUUAGAUCAAACUGGUCAAUGUAUAAUUAUUUCAAAAAUGUUAAUCAAUAGUAGUGAUCGAUUAGAAUUAAUUAUUUUCAAUUAUAUUUCAUUGAUACUUGGUGAUAUUAUACCAUUUAUAGUGAUAACUAUUAUCAUUAUAUUAAUAAUAUUACAUCAUUAUAAAAUUAAAUUGAUUACAAAAGAUGAAAAUCAAAUGAAACCAUUAGAAAAUUAUUUAACAUUAUUAUUAAUUAUUUGGUGUUUACCAGAAAUUUUAAUUACAAUAUGUGAUAUAUGUCAACAUGUAUGUGAAACAUAUAUAGAAUAUGAAAUGAUAUGUGAUAUAACACAUCAUUGUUUAGAAUUAUUACGUUCAAUUACAUUUAUAUUACAUUCAAUGAGUUUAUUUAUUUUUUUAAAACCAAUAAGAAUUGAAGCUUUAAAAACAUUCAAUAAUAUUUUAAAAUUUUUUAAAAAAAUAUUUUCAUUUUUCUAA